AUGGCCAAAUCAAGUAGUGCAGAGGUGUUGUUAAAGCCAGCAAGUGCUGCCCGUUAUGACAGCCUUGAAAUCCCAGGACUUCUCAAGCACGGAGGCUUUGUAUCAGUUGAUGGCUUUUUGACUGCUACGAAACCGUUAAGUUUUUGCAGAGACCCCCGAAGUGCUAAUUUAAAGACCCGAACUCCGUCCUUUUUGGCGGAUUUAAAAGGGGAAAGCGCGGUGCAAAGACGUCUUCGAAAUGCAAUCAAGGCAUCAAAUGGUGAUGCAGAUGACGACGACGCGCCCUCUAUGAAGGAAUUGGCAGCUGCCCUUGUCAGUCAAUUAAACAGGCAUGUUCCCUAGAAAGAACAUGAAAAGUCUAGCGAUGGAGAGAUGGCACUAUCGGAUGGAUUUGGAUAUUUUCAGGAGUCCAGUGCUUUGUCCAAGGCCUCUGAAGUAGAAGUUUCCUCCGUUCCUCCUUCCGCCAACUUGCUAGCAGAAGUGAAAAAGAGUACAGAAUCAGGAAACCUGCUUCUCAGAGAGGAAAUUCUAGAAGUCGGUGAAGCGGUCGACAAGCGUUCCCUAGAGGAGGAGGGUCUGGAAGUAUCAGAUGAAGUAUGCGAAGAGGGAGAGAAUGAGGAUGAGGGGGAAGAGGAGGAAGAGAGAGGGUCGACUCCGGAGGACAUCGGCAACUGGGAUCCUAUUGACGAGAGUAUUGACAACGAGAAGAUACUCAAACUCUCGCUCCCCUCACAUCUCCGCCCUGUCGCCGUUAACGAUUCUGGUGUAUAUUUGCUGGAAGAUGGACACUUUUUCUACCAAACGGAUGGGAUCCCACCGCUAUCGGAGGCCGAGGAUUCUCAUUUUACUUCGACGGAAUCGCCUUUCGAGGUUGAAUCUUUAACUCCCUCUAAGAAGCAGCGAUCAGUGAACUUCAGCACUGAGCCUAUCACCGUGAGUUGCCAACAGUCAGGAUGCUUUUCUUUUCACAUUUGUACGGUGGAUUUUUAUUUUGUGCUCAUUCGAGCCGUCUGGUGCGAUUCAAAUGCAAAACGGUUUACUCGAUUUUUGACGCUUUGUAUCCCUUGUCUAUUGCAGGUGUUCAGCACCCAUUCAGUGACCGCCUACAAACGUCGCAAUGACUCCAUUGACCCUUUAGUCGCCUCCGCUGAGUACGAAUUAGAGAAACGCCUCGAAGAUCUGGACCUUUUCGAUGUGGAGCUACAGAAAGGAGACAAUGGCCUGGGAAUCAGCAUCCUCGGAAUGGGUAUGACAUUCGUGAAUGGAGUGGAAAAGUUGGGCAUCUUCGUGAAAGCUAUCACGCCUGGUGGGGCUGCUGACGUUGAUGGGAGAAUGCGAGUCUACGAUCAGUUGGUGGAGGUGGAUGGACAGAACCUCGUCGGUGUCUCACAAAACUUCGCUGCCACUGUUCUUCGUAAUACUACUGGGACUGUUCAUUUCGUUGUUGGACGGGAGAGGCCGGAUACUGCGAAUUCGAUUGUUGCUCUGCUCGAAGCCGAUGGCCAAAUGACCUCCAGCACCUGUUCCAGUGUUGGUGCUAACUCCGACGCGAUUGAGGAAAGCCACCAACCUUCCCUCGAACUCAACGACAACUCGGUGGAGACUUUGCGUAAACUGCUAGCGGACGCUUCAAUGGCGGCCGCUAAGGCAAACCUCUCUGAUAAUGAGGACGAUGAAGAGGACAAUGACGAGGUGGACGACGGUUUGUCGGCGUCAGAUGAUCCUUUCACCAACACCUCGGCAUCUGCCUCAGCUAACACUACCGAACCCGAGGAGGUCGAUAAGGCCGAAGAAGCUGAAGAAAGAACCCUCCGUCAGGCGGACAGCGACGAAGCCUCCUCUCCAUGUUCCUCUGCUUCUUUUGAUGCUGGCCUCUGCUCCUCCUCUACUACUACUACAACUACUCCUGCUACUGUCGCUGCUUGUACAUCCGUGUCCCACCGCCACCACGACUACCCAGCUCAGGUGGUGUUAGGAGCGUUGGAAAGGUUGGAAGAUCGUGGAAAGGCUGUAGAGGAAGAGAGUGGGGAUCUCUGGAUGGGUCCACUUUCGGAGACCGAUCAAGCGCGAAUUCAGGCAGCCGUGCCGCGUACUGCGAUGCCCCUCGUCCAGUGCUUAGCUCAAGAUCUUAUUAUUGCUCAGGCGCAAAUUAAGCGUCUCCGUUCCCGUGUUCGGCGUCUUGGACAGCGAUUGACAGAUCAGGAGGCUGCAGCUGAUGAAGCAAUCGAGAGAUUAUGUCUGCGCUGCCAUAAUCUUGAAACCCGUCUAGCCGACGCACAGACUCCAGCUGUCGUACCUACAGCUGCUCUCGAACCGGGUGGUGCUGAGGCGCCGACGCCCUCUGAUGGCAGAGGACGACUGAGUCCGGUGCCGGAACAGGGCGAAGACACCGAGGAGACGGAAGAGGAGGCAGUAACGCCAACUGCUCUGACCAAGGAUCCCCGGUCUUGUGACAUCCAAACCAAGUACUCCUCCCUUCUAGCACUCUAUGAAGGCUUGCUCCAAAGAGAGGAAAAUCUAAAACGAGAUCUUGCUGCCGUUCGUAAAAAGGAGGGAACGGUCCUGACUGCCACCAUGGAAUGCCAAACUGAUAGAGUAAGUUAUCCCCGCCCCUCACUGAUAAGAUUUGGAAGUGCCCUUCCGAUUUUCGAAAGUAAUGACCGACGAACGAGCGAUAGCAGCACCACCUCUGCGACCACCCUCCGUCCCCGUUCAGCCGCUCUGCCGCCCCGAGACGGUGAUUCCCAGGCCUGCCUCUCCGAGGUGCGACGACACAGCAGCCUAGACAUCGACGUUCCACCCCCACGUCCUCCCAAACCACCUUCUUCCGCCUCGUCUCUCUCUUCUACAAACGCCUUGGCGGUCACAGAUCGCCUAAAUUUGGCGGCGCUGCCUGAGUCGGAGCGAGAGCUGUUGGAUGUGGAGAACCCCUUCGUCGCCUCAAACUCCCACCAUUUCUACGAGUUACACAUGCAGCGUAUCCGUGUCGGCACGAGUGGAUCGUUCUCUCGGAAGCGUCCACCAUCUCGCUUUGCAAACAUCGAAGGGGAAGAGGCGGAAGAGGAGGAGGAGGAGGAGGAAGAGUCGAAGGUGGCUUACUACAUGGAACAAAUGCAAAAUAAUAGGGGCUUAAAGUCAACCGGUGAGGUGUUGCCCAACUCAACUUCUCGCUCUACCACAAGUGCACCUUCACUUCCCAUAUCAAGGAAUUCCGCCUUCUAUCCUGCCGGCCCGCACCCAUUAGUGGACGCCUUUCACGAUGCCCGCGUUUCUGCCUCUUCGAAUUAUUGCCGAACUAUGUCACAACCUCAUCGUCCUUCUCCCACUGAGCAAAGCGUGCGCAGCCCAGACUGGACGGAGUCGACGUCCCCAGAGUGCCAAAACCGCUGGUCCCUCCUUCAUCACUAUCCUCGAUUCUCUCCUUCCUCUCUGUCUCCCCAUAGUUCACCAUCUAAAAAUGCUGUUCCAACAAAUGACAGCAGCAACUCCGGCAUCGUCGGUAGAAAGCCGGCUCUGGCUCGCGACACUGCAACACCUCUAUUCUCCCCCAAACACUCGUCUUUGAUCCCCAGUGCUCUUCAGAGCUAUGGUAAUUGCCUUACUAUCUCCAAAACUACAUUUUUUAUCCUAUAA